AUGUGGGGAGGUGACCCAUUAUUCGCACGCAUGAACGCAGCGUCGCGACCUAUUCUUCACGAUGUUACUGUGGUUUGGCCCAUCUCUGCAUACUCUCUCUUCGGCGUCGGCGACCCAUUGAUGUCGUUCUCGUUCCAGAAGCAAGCGUCUGGUGCUGGUGCUACUUUGGAACAGAAAGACGAUGAGGAUAAUAUGCCUGACCUUGUUGAUGGUGAGACCUUUGAAGCUGCUGCAGAGGGGGGCACACAUCGUAGUAGUUUAUUGAUUUUUUGCCAUCCUCAUAUUUUAACUGUUUUUGCUGUUGCAAAAGAAUAUUGUGAACGGUUGGGGGUUGACUCUUGCAUCAAGAUAUUUGAGCAGUUUAAGUCGUAUGAAGGAUUAUAUUUCUUCUUGGGAUCAUAUUUGAGCUCCAAGCAAUUUCUGAAGAAAGCACGAGACUUCGCACUGCAGGGUCUAAGUGCUGAGCCGUUAUACAUAUUAUACUGGUUAGCUUGUGUACUAAUAUUUGCUUUACUACAACGAGGAUCCUGA